AUGGCAUUUACGACAUCAGUUCCGACGUCAGACCCUCCUGACCCAAAGAAGAAGCCAGUUGGAACCGGGACCGAGGUAGUUGACCAACGGCUGCCUCCAAGUAACGUCAAGUUUCACACAGACAAAUUCUUUAUCAGCUUUAGCUGUUCCGUCCGCCAAGAGAUCGGUUCAUAUGUCACCUUCGUUCCAAGUCCGGGCCAAACAUACGUGAUAAUGCCGUCCAACAAGUUUUACGUCACGAUUGGUAGCUUCUAUGUCAGGGACAUCGUGAAGAAGCCUUUGCAGACAUCUUCCGACACGGCUCUUGUCGACUUCGAUCAGCUAGCCACCGAAAACGUGUCUCUUGUUCACGAUGCCUAUAAUAACCUCUCAAUCCAGGCUACACCUCCCCUGUCCAGGUCAGUAGCGAUGAUGAUGAGCGCUCCCUCCUGGGAGGUUAAAGAGUGUUGGCAUUGGAUAUCAACCAACAGCGAUGGCUGA